AUGUUAAUGCAAAAGAAUAAAGAGAAAACCCGUACAUAAGAUGCAUGCAUCUGUGGGUGUGUGAGACGGUGCGGCAUAGAAACCGAAACCGCCGCCAAAAGCAGCAGCAUACAUAAAUAUAAAAGGCGCUGCCGAAAAAAUAACACAAAACAUAUAUAUUGUACACAACUUUUAAUUAAAGCAAAGCAACAACAACGAGCAAAAUCAAUAGGCGAUAAAAAAAAGUGUUAUCAGUGUUUUCGUCAUUUCGCGUUGGAAUUAAAAGUUGUUGUUGUUGUUGCCCCUCUAUCUCGUUCGGUACGUUUUUUUUUUUAUUUUUCAAAUUCUGUUUGUUGUUGCUGGUGCGCGAGUUCUGGGAGCGCGGGCAGCGGCAACGCUGCGACGCUUGAGCAAUGUCUAUGCAGCAGUUUUGCCUGCGCUGGAACAAUCACCAGCCAAAUUUCAUAUCUGUCUGCUCCUCGCUGCUGCACAAUGGCACCCUGGUGGAUGUUACGCUUGCCGCCGAGGGACGACAGCUGCAGGCGCACAAGAUUGUGCUCUCCGCUUGCAGUUCGUACUUCCAGGCAUUGUUUACCACAAAUCCAUGCCAGCAUCCGAUUGUCAUACUGAAGGAUGUGCAGUAUGAUGAUCUCAAGACCAUGGUGGACUUUAUGUACUACGGCGAAGUGAAUGUGUCGCAGGAGCAGCUGCCGCACAUACUCAAAACGGCCGAGAUGCUCAAGAUCAAGGGUCUCGCCGAAAUGCCCACGGAUCCGGCCAAUCUCACGAAAUCGGACAGCAAAUCCUCCAGCGAAACAACGGAGCUACUUGGUCAGACGGCCAAUGUAGCAGGCACGGGCGCUGGCGCUAACGCCUCGAGCUUAGGAGCUGCCAGCGCUGGCAGCGCUGCGGGCGACUCGCUGUGGAGCAAUACGGAGGCGCAGCAAUUCCAACAACAUCAUCAGCAACAGCUGCAGCAACAAUUACAACAACAACAGCAGCAGCAACAGGCGCAGCAGCAGCAGCAACAACAGCAGCAGCAGCAACAACAACAGCAGCAGCAGCAACAUCAUCACCAUCAUCAUCAUCACCAGCAGCAGCAACAGCAGGCGGGCAGCACGGCGCAAGGCUCGCAGACGCAUCAUCAUCAGCUCAGACGCACGCCGUCGCCACUAAGUGCGGGCACCUCGCCAGCAACUCGACGCAAGCGUCUGCGCAAAUCCUCGAAUAACGGCUCUGGCGAACGCAACAACUCGGAGGAGCAGCACAGCGGCUCAUUGGAUGCUGCCGCUGCAGCGGGCAGCGCUGGCGUCUUGAGUCUGGGGCAGCUAAAUCAAAUGUCUUUUGGAGCGGGCGCUGGCGGUAAUGCAUCCUCGCUGGGAAAUCUUACCGCACACUCGCUGCAUGCCGCCAAAUUGUUAAAAGAAUCAGCUAGCACGGAACUGGAUCAACAGCCGCAGGACUCGGAUCUAGAUGACGCCCAUGGACACAUACAUAUGCAAAUUAAGCCCGAAGUUGAUAUUGGCAGUGUGAAUCAAUCAAUGCCUCUGGACAUUUCUGGCACAACGACGCCUUCGGAGCAUGAUGCACCCAAUUCACAAUCUUCGCAUUCAGAACCGAGCCCGGCUCAUACCAUACAGCCGCAUCCAUUGCUGGCCAUUAGCCAGAGCAGCAACAACAACAACAGCAGCAGCAGUGGCGGCGGCAGCUUCGAGCGCACGGCCAGCGAAAGUGAGGCACCAACAGAUCUGCAGACAACGCAGGUGAGCAGCGUCAUGGGCACCAAACGCAAUCGUGUGCUCACCAGACAGCCGCGCGUCAAACGUGAUAGCGACAGCUUAUCGUCGACGAAUCAAAUAUCACCGGAUACGGCUGCCACAACGCUGGACUUUGAUCCCUUCAACGCAGCGAGCACCACCAGCGCCAGCACCGCGCGUGACUACUCCACGCAUCAUCAUCAUCAACACCAAUCGCUGUCGUCGCAGCAGCAGCCGCACCAGCAGCAUCAUCUGUUAACUGUGCCCUCGCGCAUAGAGCGUCAUGCAUCGGAGCCUGCGCCCAGCAUUAUCACCGGCACGCCGCAUUUGUUGAGCGUGCCGCAUAGCACGCCGUACUUGAUUAAACAGCACUCGGAUCCGGUGCUGCAACGUGGACAUUCGCUGCAUGCUAGCUCGAGCAGCAGCAUAUCGGGCAGCAAUCCGUUCAGUACGCUGCAUCGUCAAUACUCGCAUCCGCUGUCUGGCAGCAGUGCUGGUGGCUAUGUGCCGCCUGUGGCACUGCAUCAUCCGCAUCAUAUCUCGCUGCCCGAGUCGAUUUAUGCCUCGGGCUCGCCACCGCCGGCCGGCUCAUCGCAGUACCUGGUGCCCACGCGUGUUGUAACCUCGUCCAGCGAGACCGCCGCCACGCCCAUGAACUCCACAUGCACACCCGUCUCGGUGGUUACCUCGCCCAACAGCAGCAGUAGUCUUCAUCGUCAGCCCUUCUCGCCCACUUAUGGCAGCAGCACCGAGCCAAUGCCCAUUCCGGAACGUCACUCACCGCAUUCAACGCUGGAGCACCAGCAGCAGCCGCCGCCGCAGCAGCAGCGCCUAUGCGCCAAAAGCGAUGCAGCCAAUGGCAACAAGCUGCGCAGCUCUAAGUCCACCGGCAGCACCAGCAGCAGCAGCAGCUUAAUCCAUCCGGCACAGACAACCAGCAGCAACUCCUUUGAGCAUUUGCCCACGUUGCGUGUUAAGAAUGAGGAACUGCAGCGCUCAGUGUCAUCACCACAGACACAACGCGAACGUGAUAUCACCUUAGAGAAGCCACGCUCUAGUCAUUGCCCCGUUAUACGUCCCGGCCCGGCAUUGGGCUGUAAUUUUUGUUGGAAUACCAUUGAUGGACAUGGUCGCAUUUUGCGUCGCAAAACCAAAUACCACUGUCCCGAGUGUCAAACGAAUUUAUGCAUUGUGCCCUGCUUUCAGGAGUACCAUGAGCGGCUAAACAAUGAAGCUGCUGCCGCCAGCAGCAACAGCAGCAGCGGCCCCGAGCAGCAACCACUUGGCAGCGGCGGCGGCGGCGGCAGUAGCAGCAGCAGCAAAGGCAACUCCUACAUAUCAGCUGCUGCAGCUGGUACGGGCGGACGUCUCUAUACAAAGACCGAGUCCAUAUAAGCAAACGCCUUGCCACACACACAAUUUGUAUUUGAUGCGCGACACGGAGGCGGCGGCGGCGCCGCCACACAAGAUUGCUCAAUUUUAGGCCGCCGCCCACCCGGAACGCGUUUUGUUAUUUGUCGCCAGCAAAAGCUGGAAAACUUUUUUGGAAAUUUGUUGCAGUACCACUGUGCUGGAGCACAAGUACUGCAGGCGUCCUACAAAGCGCAUAAACGAGAAUUUGUUUAACUUUUUUGUUUUGGUAGCUACGCCUGAACUUGAGGUGCAGCAUAUAUACAUAUAUACCUGAUGUAUCUAUGUAUAUUGCAUAUAUAUUUGCAGAUUUUUAAUUGUAAAACUAAAAACGAACUAAUUGUAAAACUAUUGUUGCAUAUACUAUGUGUAUGUGUAUAUUCUUGUACAAAAAGUAUAAAAAAAAACCUAAAGAAACAAAUUUUAAUAAUUAAAUUAAAAUGUCAGCGGUGCGUACUAACUAAUCGAAGCUCGAAUUAACAACAACUUAAAAGAAAAUGAAAAACAAUCAGGUAUUCAAUAUGCAUAACAAUUUUUGUUCUCUAGUUGCAUACGUAUACGUAAUAUUAAGAUGAAUACCCGCCAAAAAAAACAUUUAUUAUUGAAGAGGCAAACGCUGCGCAGGCGCACGAGUUACUAAAAUAUUUAGCUAUACGUUAGUCGUCUGCCCCUUUGUACGCAUACCGUUUCUUUAUAACAAAUACACAUAUAUUAUAUAUUGAUGUUUAUAUAAAUGUAUGUGAGUGUAAAUGUGUGUUAUUCAAAUGGAAACUAUUUGUAAAACUUCGCCAUGUCGCAAGUAAACCAAAAUUCAAUAAAAUUGUCAGCAUAAAUGUUUUAAAAACAAACGAAAACUAUAAACAAUGCAUAAUGUUUGUUUAAACAAUAGAGCGCACAGUACAAAAUGCUGAACAUUUCCUGGGGAAAACGUUGAACGCACCG